GUUUGCAAGAAAACGCGUCGACGUGAGUCGCUGACUCCGGCUGUUCUGCCUUCGCGAAAAACUUCUAAGGACCGCCGUCGCAUCCGUUAGACCUUUUUUUUCUCGCGCGUAGCGGAGUCUGCGCCGGCAAUGUCGCGGAGCAUGUCCUGGUUAAGGUUGAGCAGCAUUCCGCUGGGCCACGGCAUCAAGCCCGGGCUGCAAGGGAGGUUCUCUGUGGUGGUAUCAGGAUUUUCCGGUUCGACAACGUCGUCAGUUGCGCUCGCAACGACCUCUCAGGGACCGCAGACCACGAGCGUCCGGCCGUUUAGCGCAGGAAGGCCUGCGAAAAGCAGCGGCCGAACCUCUAGGUUCCAAAGGUCCAGCGCGUCGCCAGUGGGAACACCAGCGAAUGCCGCCAACAAAGAAACUCAGUCCAGCCCCAGCCUGAGCACGGCCGGUGUUUCAGAACCACUUCCUGUCUCGAAACCAGCCGCGGUCCGGGGACCUGUCGCCGCUGCCGCAUCCACGCGCCCCGUGUCGCGCCCGCAAGGGUAUCCACAGGGGCGAAAACCUGUUGAUACAUCAAGCAAGGAGUAUAAGCAAACCGAGCGGAGGGUUGUAAGGCUCCUCGUGGCGUUGCCGUUCUUGAUUGUCACGUCGUAUUAUCUGUACCGGAGGCUUGCCGACCACCUGUCUCAGCACUUACCUGGGGCGCCCCGACGUGCUCCAGAGCAGCCAGGGCAGCGGAGCUGAGAGAUGACGCGGCUGUCGGGGUUCUUGGUCGUUGCUGACGUUAUGUGAAGUUGUAAAGAAGUAGUCCCUGCAACACGAGUUGGCUGGCGCUGUCGUUCGCUCGCUGUCUGCGGCGAGAACC